AUGGCCGUUCUCGCACCACAGGAUUGGCACCCACCUCGCGAUCAUACUCCUCAAACAAUGGAUCCUUCAAUACCACGUCAACGUUCUUCUCCAUCAAACGAACAACAGCCUAACAUACCCAUCCAACCUUAUCCAUACCCAGUUCAACAGCAGCCUCAUGGCGCUUGGACUCCAAGUCCUUCUGCUCAACCCUUUUACCCUUCUUACUACCAACAAAAUCAACAACAACAACAGCAGCAGCAACAGCAACAACAACAACAACAGAUUCCUUACCAAUCUCAGCAACAAAACCCUUAUUUCGACCCUCAAGCAAAUGCUCAACUAGCUCAGUGGGCAUACCAGCAAAUGAUGUAUUCUCAACAACAACAGAUCCAUGCUCACCAACAACGAUCCACUUCACAACCAUCAUCUCCAGCUGACUACUUUAACCCAACCCAGUUAUUCUCCCCUUUUCCAAGUGGCACUCCUCCUCCUCAUUCUCACUACCCUGCUCCUCCUCAGGCACAGCGCUCAGCUUCAUCAGAUGCAGCUCAGUAUAAUGGCUUUCACCCAUAUCGCCGCCCAAAUAAUACCCGCCCACAGGAUCACCAGGAAUGGCGUACUCCUCAAUCUUUACAACCCCCAUACGCACGCGGUGGUGAAGCUUCCGCUUCAACCACUUCUGUCAAUUCUUCUUCCUCUCACGGCGGUGGUGGUACACGCCCACGUACAACAAGCAAUCAGGGCCAGCAAUCCCGCCCUAGAAACCCACCACCUCCCGUAGAAACACCACGCGCUCGUACCGGCAGCGCAUCAUCCAGUAAUGGCCGCCCACACCACCGCACCGCUUCCUCUUCAUCUACUAAUUCCGCAGCCCCACGUCCCUCCGUAUCUACCGCAACAUCUAGGAGUUCCACAUCCACCGCUACAACUCCCGCAACAGCUUCCUCUUCUUCCCAUGCUCGUCCCGCCCGGCCCUCCCCGCUCAGCCAAGGUACCUACACGGCUGCGGAAAAGCGCAUGUCACGUGAUGACUCCGAUCUCGCAGCUAUCCUUGAAGGCACAUCCAUCGGUGGAAAAACAGGCGGUAUCAAAGGCAGACUCCGCCGCGCCCUCAGUCUCAAUGCUGCCCAAGCCCUGCAAGAAGAGGAAGAAGCCCCAACUGCAGGUGGAAGCAAAGACGCUCCACCCACCUCGCCCCCUGACGCGGACGCCGUCAGCACCGCCACAGUGCAGACCAAGAAAAAAGGGCGUGCCGCGUCCUUGUUCAAUUCACGUCUCAACGCGAGCACCGAUAACAUCUCUCUUUCAUCCACCAUGUCCUCUGCUUCCGUCGUCAUCCGCAAGAUCGGGUCCAUCGGAAAACUCGCAAGGCGAAACAGCCUCGCAGGUAUCACCUCCCUCUUCAAGGACAAGAACAAGUCCACCGAAGGCGCAGAGGACAGCGGCAAGAAAAAGAAGAAAAAGGACGCAAAGGGCGAAGUCGUCGCUCCUAGCCUUUCGCACGCUGUUGCAGAGCUCGAUCGGGGCGAAUGGAGCGGUCCGGAGAUGAGCGGCUUGAGUCCUGCUGCUAAACUCGCCAGGCAGCAUACCCUCAAGAGUAAUGCAGAGGCUGCUGCCGCUGCAAAGGCGCGUGCCGAGCAGGUAACACAGCCGGUGCAGGUGAAUGGGACCCAUGUCCCUGCUGCGUGGGAGAAGAAUACUGCUACGCGUGCUGGCGAGUCGAGUGGGAGGGUGAGUGAGGAUGGGACGCGUCUCGUAGUUGAGGAGGAUGAUGAGAGUGAUGAUGGACAUGCUUAUGUACCGCAGCCCGGACAGAACUUCAUAUCGGACGGCUGGGACGACGAUGAAGUCUGGGAUGAGGACGGAGAAGAGGACGUUACUAUUCGUGUAGGUGUGGCGGGCGAAGACGAGGAGGUCGUCGCUUGGGCGACUAAUAUCAGGCGCAGCGUCGAGCGCCAUCGGACGCCUGCAAAGGGCAUCCUUAAAGGCGCGGAGAAUUACUCGCAAGAGGUGUAUAAUGGCGAGAGCGUCGCGAAUCCUGCUUUUAGCCGCGUACGCUCGAAUUCGUAUAAUUCACAUCCGGGGCAACCAUCGGAGCUAGGUCCGCUUGCUCGGAUGCCCUCCCCCGAUCCAGACCAUAUCGAUGGGCUGCAUCGACACCCCUCGCAUUCAUCAACCAAUGCCCCCGCAGGAGGUACUAUAUCAUCUCUCUCCCUAAACCCAUCUAACAAUCCAGCAGAGAAAGAGAAGAACAUGUUCACGCUCUCCAACUCGUCUGCACCAGCCCUAUCCACGAUCCCUACAACCCCACCAACGCUGACGCACCGCUCAGCGACAACGCCUGGCAGAAGGCUCGUGUUUGCAAAUAAUUUGUCAGUUUAUGAUACGUUUUCGUCGACUGUUUAUGAUCGUCGCAGCGAGCCUGCGACGUGGAGUCGAUUGACGCCUGCGUUGGCGCAACGCAUUAAAGAAGAGCUCAAUUCGUACAAGAUGGAGGAGAUGGAGGUGCAUGCUUGUAGUCGGAUGCAUACCCAAUUUUUCAUCUGA